UCAGCUGGUUUAGUUUGCUGCUUCAGUUAGCUGAGUUGAAGAGCCUUGCUAGCGCAGUUGGGAAGAGUUUUUCUCCAAACUUGGGUUAUACUAACAUCUCUUUUACCUUUUAACAACGCCACAGCUCCUGCUAGUUCAGUGGCUAAGCUCUGCCUUCAUUCAGCUAGAGAUCCACAUGACAGCUGGGAGCAUCCUGCUAGCCUAGAAAGAUUAGCAAUAUACUCUCGGCAGAAGGAAGGUGAAGACCACGGUCAUCAGCCAUGCCAGGUGGAAUUACAGAGAGCGGGGAACCCUACUCCCCAUUUGUGGGGUUGGUCUACAUGUUCAAUCUGAUUGUAGGGACGGGAGCUCUGACGAUGCCCAAAGCCUUCGCUACAGCCGGUUGGGUGGUUAGCAUAUCACUCAUCUCCUUUUUAGGAUUCAUGAGCUACAUGACCACCACCUUUGUGAUCGAGGCAAUGGCGUCGACCAACGCUCAGCUGCGCUGGAAGAGGAGAGAGCAGGAGGAGGUGCAUGACAGCGACUCCACCUCGGAGUAUUCGGAUGAUGACGUCGUCGUCCGGGGACGCUCGGAGCCGGAGACGAAGCCCAUCCUGUCUGUUCAGAGAUCGGGAGGUCACGUAGAUCAUUUCGACAUCGUGGAGCGGGUUGAGAUGGGUCAAAUGGCCUCCAUGUUCUUCAACAAAGUUGGUGUCAACAUGUUCUACAUCUGCAUCAUAGUGUAUCUGUACGGAGACCUGGCCAUCUACGCAGCAGCUGUGCCCAUAUCCCUGAUGGAGAUGGCUUGUGGGAAUCACUCCUGCAGUGCUGGGAGUGUGAAGUACAACGACACUGAUCCCUGCUGGGGUUCUGUCACGAGGAAAGACGCGUACCGGGUGUUUUUGUCUGUCUUCACUCUUUGUUUGGGGCCUUUCACCUUCUUCAAUGCCCAGAAGACCAAAUAUCUCCAGAUUCUCACCUCACUCAUGCGCUGGAUUGCGUUCUCCAUGAUGAUCAUCUUGGCUCUGAUUCGCAUCGGGAAAGACUCGGGGAAGGGCCGUCCAGCGGUCGCCAACCUAUCUGGGGUGCCCAACCUGUUUGGGGUGUGCGUCUACUCCUUCAUGUGUCAACACUCCCUCCCCUCCCUGGUGACGCCCAUCUCCGACAAGAAACGUGUGGGUACCCUGGUGCUGGUGGACUACGUCCUGAUCCUGGGCUUCUACGUCCUGCUGUCGUUCACCGCCAUCUUCUGCUUCGACAGCGCACUGCUGCACGACAUGUACACCCUGAACUUCACGGACAACUGCGACGUGUUGGAUAUUCCCUUCCUGCGCUACUUUCUGGGCCUGUUCCCAGUUUUCACCAUCAGCACCAACUUCCCCAUCAUUGCCGUGACUCUUCGCAACAACUGGAAAACCCUGUUCCACCGGGACGGAGGCACCUACCCGUGGGUGGUAGACCGGAUCGCGUUCCCUCUCAUUACCCUGGUUCCCCCAAUCGUGGUGGCGUUUUUCACGAACAACUUGGAGUCCCUGGUGGGAAUUACAGGAGCCUAUGCAGGCACAGGCAUCCAGUACAUAGUCCCAGCCUGCCUUGUGUAUUACUCUCGACGCCACCUGGAGCCCGUGGUGGGCAGGGAUGCCAUCAACAAGCACCGGUCUCCAUUCCGCCAUACCUUUUGGGUGGGGUUCGUUUUAGUGUGGGCUAUCUCCUGCCUCAUGUUUGUCACGGCCAACAUCAUCCUGACUGACGCCAAGAAAUAAAAACUCACUGUUCCAAGAACGUUCUAAAGAGAGUAUGUCUGGCCGGUCUCUUUGUUCCUGUACACAAGGCCUUACUUGCUGCUGGUUGGACAGGAUGGCUUUUUAGGGGACUUUUGUUAUAUAAUUAAAUGUAAUAGUGAGUAAUUUAUCAAGUUUGUUAAAAGGGACCAAGUGUUUCUGUUCCAUAGAAAAUGCUGGAACAGUGCCUGACAACAACAAAAGGGGAUUUUAAAGAGUCAUUUUUUCAAAGGACAACAAACAUUUGAUGGUUGGAGAUUUCCACGAAGAUUUGCACAUUAAGAGAAAUAUAUCUUAAGAGUUGGAAAAAACUAGGUUGUAUAACUCAUUUCCAAUGUUGGAAAAGUGUCUGUAAGACACUAUUUGACGAUCCGGGAAAGGCUUUGUUUUAAUCAGACUGGCGCCUUAAGAAACUUGUGGUUUGUCCAUCCUGUUCUAUGUUUUAGUAUGCCUCAUUCAGAGCCUAAUAUUUUGAAAAGUUGGUUGUUAAGAUCCUGAGGGAUCCUCUGGACCUUCAGGUCGAAAUGUUCCAUUGUUCCCAAGCAAUUAAAAUAGAAGAAUAGGUACAAGAAAAGACUUGUGUUUCGUUGCUAAACUGUGUGGCAUCUACACAAGUUGAUAAUGAAAUGGAAAAAGUAACCAACAGAAGAAGACAAAUGAAGGGAUCAGGGAGGAUCAUUCUUUCAUGGAUGACGUUUAUCCAUUCGUCAGCGGUGGCUGCCCCCCGAUCUCCUCUUCCCCUCGUGAACAAUGAAGCUUGGUCAGUGACAAAUCCACUGACAGAUAGGCCUCCAGGAAGAGCUCCAUCUCUGUUUAUCGCCUGCCUCUCUUGUAUUAAGUUCACACACAGGGCAUAUCUCCCGUCUUUUACUGCUCAGCACCCAUUCACAACUCUGUCAGCAUCAUGGUGGAUCUAUCACACAGCCCAACACCUGACAGGAUAAUAGUGAUGUACAGCGCUUCCGCUGUGGCUACAGGCAUCAGGAGCCAAAAAGUGAGGAGUGGUGAGCCAAAUGUGACGACGGAGCUUUACACACUACAGACUGUACUGUAGAUUAUAAAUGCUGAGUUCAGUGACACCUGGCAGCUUCAUAUCUGAGUUUGGAAAUGGACUUUAUCUUUGCCCUUCAUCUUCUACUUGAUUUCAUUUCCUCUCAUUUUCAUAUUUCUUCAUCAACAGUCAAACUUCUAAAAGGAGUUGUUAGGACUCAUUAUUUAACAUCUAGCAGAAUUAAGCAGUGCACAUUAUUUGAGAGGAACAACAUUUCAAUGCAGGUAAAUGGGCGCUUGUAGCAUUGGAAAUUCGUUUUUUUUAUGGAUUAGCAGAAACAGCAUCCAGCAACAGCAAUAUUUUGGAUAUAUGUCUUGAAACCUGUCAAGCAUAUUUUUAUUUUAUUGGUACGUUUCCAUGCUAGAAAUGCGACACGGUCAAGUGUUGAAAAAUGUGACCACAUCACAACUCAACCAAGUGUGUGAACUUCCAUUUUUCUCACUUUUCAACAUGGUUCAACACCUUUCCUUGUUUAAAUGGCUGUAUGGUAAAGUGGUGCCACUAUCUACCCAGCAACACAUCCAGGGCACAAACAGCUUCCUUUUCGCAUUGAUAAUCAUAACAAAAAACAUAUUUCCAAACCAAUACGCAAGCAAACUUUCUCAUUCAGUGUACCCUAACUUCCCAAAGCCAAGAAAAAAAUGAAUAUUCUGGCAGCCGAGGCUCAGACAUCCCGAUGUGUAAUCCCUUUUGUGGGUCUAUAAAAAAAAAUACAUAUCCCAUAAUGCAGUCCUUUUUACCCUAUGUCAAAUAUGUUCAUCACGCUCUGCUUGGAAAACAUUGCGCACGUUGUGUCCCGUAAAUGGCUUAACUGAUGCUGUUAGAUCUUAGGGCAUAACUUUUCUCACAUUUGUAUUGAAUACUUCCACAAUUUUGCUCCAUUUGAAAACAAACAGUAUUUCAGUGGGUUGUGGAGCAUUUAGCGUGUCGGUUCUGCUUUUUCAUCAACUGCCGUAAUACAGGUUAAAUUGAAAGGUAAUGUGCUGUGACCCGCGUGGCACCAAAGGUUUCUCGUCACGCAUUGUUGUAGCACUGUUGCAGCUUUUAGAGGUGCUGUGGGUUUACUGUCAGUAUCUAACUGUGGACCAAAUAUCAUCAGUAAUGUCAAUUAUGACGAAACUCUGCAAAGCUUCUGUGUCUGCUUUCGUUUAAUCUGUGUGGAAACCCCUGCAUCCAGAGACCUGUAAAACAUUAUUAUUGUAUGUUAUGUUUGUGUUUACAUUCCCGAUUUGGUGCCACUUCUUCUGAAUUUUUUUUUCUUCAUUCAGUCUGUGACAAAGAUGUGGUGUUAAGUAUGUUGGAUUUUUAUGCGUUUGACGAAAGGGAGGAUUCGAUUUUUAAGAUGGGAUUCUGAUGACUCUUGUUUGGAGUUGUGAAAUGUGCCUUUUUCACGGGCUUUACUUUCUGGCCCUCACUUUUAUUAUUAUUCUCAGCUUGUCAGAAAAACAUCUGCGUGUAUGCCAUUUCAUCUUAUUGACAAUCAGUGGGUCCCCAAACUACUCCUAAUCCUUAUUUCUUUCUAUUUUUGUGUUUUAAUUCAGUUUUUUAUACUUGUUGUAUUUGGUGCCCUUAAGUUGCUGUCAUUUCUCAUUUUUUCUUCAUGUUUUUUGAUAUUUGUUAACAAAGAUUUGUCCAGCCUGUGAUUUUGAUCAUUUAUUUGAAUGUUUACUGCUUUAAUUGAUGCUGUUUGAUUAUUAUGAAUCACAAAGAAAAUAAACGCUUUAUGUUAAUCUGA